AUGGCUUCUAUUGAACCGAGCCCAAUAGAGUACGCUCUAAGGUUGGGUUUGUUCAUCAACUCAAAAUCUUACAUAUCGAAUGAGACGAUGACGAUACUUGACAACCUACGGAAAUCAACCGCAAUCACCGAAGCCACAGAAGAUCUACCUGCGGCAGAGAUACCAGAUCCUCUUUUUCACCCGGAGGCCGAUCUACGAGGUAGAAACGUCGAAGAAAUACUGGCAGAGGCCAUUGGGGUCAAAAAGAAAGAUAAUCUAAUGGAUUUGGCAAUGGAAGCAAGCUUUUCACAUUUUCGUUUCGUCAGCGCAGUCCACAAGCUGGAGCUCCCCCUUCUUCGAAGCGACCCAAGGCACGACUUCAAGGCCUUGAGCAAGACCAUCUCGGAAACGAAGCUGCACGACUUUUUUCAAAAGCCUAGCAAUCUCGUUCAUGAUCCCGUUGACGUGAAGAACGACGAGGCCAUGGAGUUCCCCCCUACCGCCGUACACUUCCACAGCCAACUUACCAAAGGCCCUGAACCAGAAGAUAUCGGCUUCACCGAGGAAAGUUUUGCGUAUGUUGAUGAGUUUGUGUACGAAGACUUUACCAACGAUGACCUUCAGGGCCUGAUCAGCCAAGAAAUCGACCCACGGCGGGAACGAAACCGAUCUCUGACUCCACUUCUGAUUCUGCCGUCCCCAGACUCUAGGCUUGAUACGGAUGUCAUUCCCACCAGAGAAGUUUGUAACGUCGAAUCCCUUUCAGAUGUAGAAAGCCUGUUUGGCUCAGAUUUGAACACCGCCGAAUCACUAAUGAACGACCUGUACAUGGCUCCUGAUCUUCCAGAAACAAGCUUUUUAGAUUCUGCAGAGUUGUUUUCAGACACUGCCAUCAUCGGUCUCUUUACACCAAAAGAUCGCGUUCAAGAUUUGAUAUUAGAAGCACCUAGUUUCCAGCCGCUUAAGAGCGGGCCGUCAACAGCACAAGCCGAUACUGUCUGCAGGGAUCUCAUUAGCAGCAUGCCAGGCGUUGAUUCUGCCGUUGAAUUCAAGCUAAGCGAGCAAACCAUGAACCAAGACGACCUGGAGUUCAAUGAAAAGUUCGCCGUUUUUCUUCAAACCAAGGCAGACGAGUUGACUAGCAUCUCAGAGCAAGAACAGAUCCACGUCGUUGAUGCCACGGCGAGGUUUCAACCUCCUGCGAUGGACUUCAACAUACCGGUACCUGAAUGGUUAGAAACUACUGGAGAGGCUUCACAAAUGUUCUCCUGGAUCCGUCAUCGUAACAAAAGCCAGUUCGAAUCUUCACUGUGGCCAAAGAACCCGAUGGAAACACGCGAACUAAGAUGGGUUCCGUUUUCCUCGCGACUAGCAGGAGUAGAUACAGAAGAGUCAAUCAAUGAUGACGGAAUCCUUCAGCGCAUACUGGAAAUUCCGGGGGCUCCAUUGCUGACAAGUGAAGACUUUGUUCGAAAACCCACACGGCUAAAAGUAUUAAGUGAGGAAAGCGGUAGCGAAUUACCUAUUCAGUCCAGAGAAGAAGACCCAUGGAUUGACACGGACGGCAGCAGGUCCGGCAUCAUGGAUCUUGUUAGGAAACGAAAAAGUCAGCUCAUGGAAGAAGACGAUGUGGAAGUGGAGUCUCCUACUGUCCAACACAAGUCUCAACGCAUGAUCAACCGCAGAAACGCUGUUAGAAAUCUCGGUGGGAGCUUGCUGCUCGGAGAAGACGAGCCCCACGCCGCUGGGAAGCUCCUAGCCAACUUCAUGGAGCUACAAGGCUCAAAGAAUACAAUGUCAAGGUCGAAGAGGCCCUCAUAUCCGGCUAGAGAGGGCCUCACCACCAACCCGCGUGUCUAUGGAACGAAGACAAGAAGCCCGCAGAAAUUGCUGAAACAAGUCGCUCCUCAAGCUAGAAAUGAAGUUACUGGUGUCGUCCCCCCUUCUCCCCCUAUCGGUAGACUGGAAGGGCCGGCGCAAGUGAUCAUCUCAAUCACUCUUUCCCGAAGUAUGAUCAAUGCAUUGAAGAGUAACCUGCCCGGAAUUGACCUUGUCGACCGAGAUCUUUCGAGAUAUGACACCUGGUCAUGGUCGCCAGGGAGCACGAGUCGCAUGCAAAAGGUUUCCCCUCUUUCAUACGAGGCAGAUAUCAUACCUUCUCCAUCGACAGGCAUCAUAAUCACUACGCUUCUCAAGUUGCGCCAGCAACCCUUGCCCGGUUCCAACUCCAAAAUAAAUCAGCUACGCGAACGCGUAAUCAAGGUUGCGCCACUCUACGAACGCCUCGUCAUUCUCGUCUCCGAAGGCAGUACUCUAAACGAAGAGCACAUCGGAUCAAUAAGCCAGGCCGAUGCCGAGGCUUACACCUGCUUCGUCUCAUUCGCGUUGGCCCUCGGCACCUCAGUCGGCUGCUGCGUCAGAGUCAUCUACGUGGGCGGCGGGAACAAGACAUUGGAGACCUGGACGUGUGCACUCGUAUCCGCAAAAGUAAACGAGAACCCUCCGAGCACACGUCAGCUCCUGAUGGCUGAAGAAACGGAGUGGGAACUCUUCCUCCGACACGCUGGCUUCAACAUGUACGCCGCCCAGGUUGUCAUUGCUAUUCUCAAGGGAAAAUACGGCGAGAAGAGCGAGGAUUCCCCGCUCUCGCAGUUCCUAAAAAUGGCUCCGGCGACUAGGUGGGAAACCUUUGGCAAACUUCUGAGUGGCGCCGCGGGUGGAGGGGCGAGAAGCGUGGUGGACAGAGUCAAUGCGCGUUUGGGCUAA